ACAGGCAUCACGGCAGCUCUGGAAACGGAGAAAUUACUUCAGCAAGCUGCAAAUACAUCCAUGCAUUUUGGGCUGUACAUGCGAUGAUGGCUAAACUCUUGACAGUCUCUGCAGUGACCCUCGGUUACACAGGUAGAGCAACAGACGAUGAGCUACAUGCUAUUGUACAACUCCAGAGACACAGGCUUGACAAAGAGGCCUGACAACUGUCCUAAGAUCACAAGAGAUGCCACUCAUUAUAAUCCAAAACUUCCCGACCCAUUCCGAUUUGCUAAUGGCAGGCCCGUCAAAACAAUUUCCGACUUUGUCUGCCGCCAACGUGAGGUCAGCGAGCUCUUCCAAAACCUCGAGCUGGGCACCAAACCAGGAAAGCCGGAUGCUGUAUCUGGCUCCAUAUCUGGUGGUAACUUGACUAUCACAGCAACUGUCAACGACAAAACUAUCUCGUUCAUUCCGACAAUCACAUAUCCACUCAAUGGGACCGCGCCUUAUCCAGCUAUCAUCGCUUUCGGAUCCCUUACCAUUCCAGCUCCAUCUGGCGUGGCUAUCAUCACUUACAACAACGACGAAAUCGGUGCACAGAUCAAUCAAAGCAGUCGUGGUCAAGGCAAAUUCUUUGAGCUCGAUCCAGAUAAGACAGCCAAUGGUGCAAUGACAGCCUGGGCGUGGGGCGUGAGCCGCAUAAUUGAUGUUCUGGAGACAUUGCCUAGUACCAAUAUCAAUCCAAGGAAAAUCGCGGUCACCGGCUGUUCACGAGAUGGAAAGGGAGCCCUAGUUGCGGGGGCGCUCGACAGCCGCAUAGUCCUGACCAUUCCACAAGAGAGUGGUUCUGGAGGUACUGCAUGCUGGCGUCUCAGCGACUAUGAAAACCACAAUGGGACUACGCAGACAGCUUCGGAAAUAGUGCAAGAGAACGUCUGGUUUGCUAGCCAAUUCGAUGAGUUUGCCAACACCACGGUCAACACACUUCCUUUCGAUCACCAUAUGCUAGCCGGGCUAGUUGCUCCGAGAGGUCUCUUGGUCAUUGAUAACAUUGGCUACGAGUGGCUUGGUCCUUGGAGCUCAUACGGAUGUAUGAAAACCGGCCGCAAGAUCUAUCAGGCCUUGGGCGCGUCUGAUCAUUUGGGCUACUCCAUGUCUCCGAGCCACGCUCAUUGCUCAUUCCCAUCAUAUCAGACUCCAGAGCUGCAAGCUUUCGUCGACAAGUUUCUCUUUGACAAAGCAGCUGAUACUGCCUUCUUCGAGCCUUCUGGCAACAUCACUUUCGACGAUGAACAAUGGGUGGACUGGGUGACUCCGAAGCUCUACUGA